AUGGCUGCCACCGACUCCAAACCCACGCUAUCUACACUCAAGACACCCAUGUCUGCUACCUACCCCUCGGAACUCAGGUCGCCCAUGAUCACCUCUGCAACAACCCCCAUCUUUGCCAAUAUCAAACGGGAGGAUUCAGAUCUCAAGACACCCAUCACACCACCGACAGCCUAUCUCGAGUUCCUCAAAAAUUUAUCACCUGUCUUGUCAAGCCCAAUGUCCACUGGUACUAGCUCCAGGUUUGUCUUUGGUGACAGCCGCCCCACUUCAGUAACAUCAUCGGCGUCCAGUGCAUCAUUCACAUCAACAUCGGCUCCGGCAGACAAAACUAAGAACAAAGAUUCGCCAACAACCUCAAGGUCAAGCAGCUGCAGCAGAUGCGACACCACCAAGGAUGAAUCGCCAAUGUCUGCACCUCCAACCAAGGUCCAGACGGUCACUAUCCCACCACCAUCACCUUUCACACGACCCCAUUCUGCGCGGACACCCCGCCUUUACAUCCCCCAAUCACCCUAUUCGCCCGCUGCAGUACGGUCACCAGCCAGCGCAAAGUCUAUCCAAUCACCGUUUUCUGCCGUCUCAUCACCCAAAACCUGGGAUGCGGAAAAGAAGACUAGCCGCUCAAGGCGCGUUAGUGUGCGCGAAGUUGUUACACGGACAGUGACAUACAGUCGCACACCCGUCGACGCAAAAGCUCCACAGUUUCCGCAAAUUGACCCCGCACCCCGCGGUAAGAGGAGGAAGGUCGAGUAG